GUGGAGGCACUGGCCCCAAAAUAUAAUCGCAAACAAUGAUUUGUAUUCUUAGCCACAUUUGCUAAUAGCCUAAUACAACUACACAUAUGUCAUAAAAACCUUUAUAUACAUGACUUUGCCUUUAAUGUGUGUAUAAGGUCUGGGAAUUAGGAAAUUCUGGUAAGAAUUCGGUUCUGGCUUGAUGGGAACAAGUUAAAAGUCUUCGACUGCCAUGCAUGAUCAUAACAAGUAGCAUCAUGCUUUCAAAUGAUUAAAAAGAGUAAAUGUUAACGGGAUAUAUUAAAUAAUGAUCGAUUAGACUAUUGCACUGAUUGCGAGGCCCCCGCGGGAUCUCUUUACUGUGAUCGACUGAAUAGUCGUUUGAUUACGUAUCAAACUACCUCGGCUUUCACCAUUGCAACUUUUGCAGGCACUCUACAGACAUGUUCUCCAUAAACUGAGCAAAGCUUCGAAUUGGCUCAACCUUUGAGCCAAACAAACUAACCAAAUUCAGUGGGGCUUACAUUGCUUAAAUCUUUCUACAACAAUUAUAUCGAAGACUAGUUUUCUAUUCGAAAUCCUGAAUGUGAAUUUUUACUCUUUUCCCCUAUACUAACGAUAGUGGUCGGGGUUAGUUAUGCAGAAGACAGUGACUCUGUCAGGAUCUCAAGAUGGCAUUUUGUUAUUAACUUCUGGACUAAAUCGCUUCAUUUUUUGCCAUGAAUAGCAGAGGUGCUUGCACCGAUGGCCCCUGUAUACGAAGGUAUGGCCGCGCAAGUGCAGGUGUUUUCUCCGCAGCAGGCUCUGGCGUCCAGCGCCUUCUUUAGCGUGAAGAAGCUGAAGGUGGAGCCGGGCUGUGGCUGGGACAUGACGGGCUACGGCUCGCACCCCCACCCGCACCCGCAUCCGCACCACCCCCCGCACCACCCCCAUCACCCGCACCAGCAGGGCAGUAAGACCAGCGGGCCCUGUGUCUCGCUGGCUGUGCCCCCCGUGGGGCUCAAGGCGGCGCUGCCCUACGAGCAGGCGCUCAUCUUCCCCACCAGCACGGCCAGUCACAUCCUGGUGGCAUCUGCCGCCGCAGCGGCCACGGCCAACUCUUCAGCCGUGUUGGCGCCAUUGCUUUGCGGCGGGAACAGCGGGAGCGUGCGCGGGAGCAGUAGCGGAGGAGGGGGAGGGGGUCACAACCUGACGCGGCGCAGCACGGUCAGCCUGCUGGACACAUACCAGCGGUGCGGGCUGAAGCGCAAGAGCGAGGAGCUGGAGCAGCAUCUUCAUCAUCAUCACCAUCAGCAACAACAGCAGCAGCAGCAGCAGCAGCAACAGCAGCAGCAGCAGCAGCAGCACAACCACAAUCACAACCACAAUCACAACCCCACCCAGACAAUGGAGGAGCACACCAUGACCCACAACACCUCGACCAGCAGCAGAGGAGCAGGGGGAGGAGGAGGAGGAGGAGGAGGAGGAGGAGGAGGAGGAGGUAUUGGAGUGGCAUCGGGGCAAGGGGCAGCCCUGCCCGUUUCCACGACAACCACCACAGCCGGCGUGACUGGGCCCCCCGCGGCUGCCACGGCUACGGCCGCGUCCACGGCGACGUCGAAGAACAGCAGUGGCAACAGCGAGGGCGACUACCAGCUGGUGCAGCACGAGGUGCUCCUCUCCAUGACCAACACUUAUGAGGUGCUGGAGUUCCUGGGCCGCGGCACCUUCGGCCAGGUGGUCAAGGCCUGGAAGCGCGGCACCAGCGAGAUCGUGGCCAUCAAGAUCCUCAAGAACCACCCGUCGUACGCGCGACAGGGCCAGAUUGAGGUGAGCAUCCUGGCGCGUCUCAGCACGGAGAGCGCCGACGACUACAACUUCGUGCGCGCCUACGAGUGCUUCCAGCACAAGAGCCACACGUGCCUGGUGUUCGAGAUGCUGGAGCAGAACCUGUACGACUUCCUCAAGCAGAACAAGUUCAGCCCGCUGCCGCUGCGCCACAUCCGGCCCGUGCUGCAGCAGGUGGCCACCGCCCUCAUGAAGCUCAAGAGCCUGGGCCUCAUCCACGCCGACCUCAAGCCCGAGAACAUUAUGCUGGUGGACCCGGCGCGCCAGCCCUACCGCGUCAAGGUCAUUGACUUCGGCUCGGCCAGCCACGUCUCCAAGGCCGUUUGCUCCACUUACCUGCAGUCACGCUACUACAGGGCUCCGGAGAUCAUCCUGGGCCUGCCGUUCUGUGAGGCGAUCGACAUGUGGUCGUUGGGUUGUGUCAUCGCUGAGCUCUUCCUGGGCUGGCCGCUGUAUCCUGGAGCCUCGGAGUAUGACCAGAUUCGCUACAUCUCCCAGACACAGGGUUUGCCAGCGGAGUACCUGCUGAGUGCUGGAACCAAAACCACACGCUUCUUCAACAGAGACCAGGACUCCUCAUACCCACUCUGGAGACUGAAGACUCCAGAGGAUCAUGAGGGAGAGACUGGGAUCAAAUCAAAGGAGGCAAGGAAGUACAUCUUCAACUGCCUGGAUGACAUGGCUCAGGAAUCUGCUCACUGGUGCCAGGAGACUCAGCUCACAGUUUUCUCAGGCGUGAAUAUGACCUCUGACCUUGAGGGCACUGACAUGCUAGCAGAGAAGUCCGACAGGCGUGAGUUCAUUGACCUGCUGACCAAGAUGCUGACCAUUGACGUGGACAAACGUAUCACGCCUAUCGAGACGCUCAACCACCCCUUCGUCACCAUGACACACCUCCUGGGCUUUCCUCAUUGUUCACAUGUAAAGUCCUGCUUCCAGAACAUGGAGAUCUGUAAGCGUCGGGUGAACAUGUACGAUACCGUCAACCAGAGCAAGACUCCCUUCAUCCCUCACGUAGCACCUAGCACCUCAACCAACCUCACCAUGAGCUUCAACAGCCAGCCGGCGCCCCCUCCAUUGGCAGCGGUGGCCCCCCGCACCAUGCCUCUGCAGCCGGCCGGACCUCCCCAGCUCUGCCCUGCCCGACCAGACCCCUUCCAGCAGGCUCUCAUCGUCUGCCCACCGGGCUUCCAGGGCUUGCAAGCCUCCCCUUCCAAACACACAGGCUACUCAGUACGAAUGGAGAACGCUGUUCCCAUUGUAACACAGGCACCAGGAGCACAGCCCCUGCAGAUUCAGCCUGGCCUACUGACACAGCAGGCUUGGCCCUCUGGGACCCAGCAGAUCCUCCUUCCUCCAGCAUGGCAGCAACUCACACACACAUCCGUUCAACACGCCGCAGUCAUCUCGGACUCCAUAACCGCCUCCCAGCCCCUCGCCAACUGGAGAAACUCCCAUCCUCAUGGCGGCCAUUACAAUCCCAUCAUGCAGCAGCCGACUCUCCUGGCCGGUCACGUGACCCUGCCUUCCCAGCAGCCCUUGAAUGUGGGUGUGGCUCAUGUGAUGCGGCAGCCUUCAUCCAACAACUCUAACUCCAAGAAGAGCAAGCAGCACCAGAUGUUGAGCAGGAACGUCUCGGCAUAUGAAGUCUCGUCCUCCUCCCAGGCGGUCUUGUCUCCGCAGCGCUCCAAGCGGGUCAAGGAGAACACCCCCCCUCGUGGUACCGUGGUGACCAAUGGCCAUUCCUCCUCCACCUCCUCUUCCUCAGCAUGUGUCUCUGCCCAGAGCUACGGAGGGGGAGUGUGGGGGCCGGGAGGGAGAGAGGUGGGAGAGCAGGCCUCCAGCACAACGCGUGACCACCCCCAGCACCAUAGCCACGGCCCGCGCCAAACCAUUGUCAUCCCGGACACACCGAGCCCGGCGGUCAGCGUCAUCACCAUCAGCAGCGACACAGACGACGAGGACCAACCCCGACACGCUUACAGCAGUUCCUCCAAGCAGCGCAAGAACGUCAUCAGCUGUGUGACAGUGCAUGACUCGCCCGAGUCUGACUGCAGCACCGGCAGCCCCUACGCUAUGGAGUCACGGGCGGUCAACAUCGCCGUCGCCAACGGAUACGACCCCAAGCUGAACGGGCACCUCGACAACUACAUUGGCGGUGGCAACAACAACAACGGAAACCCCCGCACCAUCAUAAUCCCUCCUCUCAAGAACAACGGCAACGACGGCCUGGGCGAGUGUGAGCGCCUGCUGACAGACACACUGAGCCACCACAAUUCGGUCUACAAGUACAAGUCGUCUGAUGGGUGCAUGACAGGAAACAGCCACACCUCCGGAAUGGCCGUUUGCGGGUCUUAUCGUCAGCAGCGCUCCGGGCCACACCUCUUCCAACAGCAGCCUCUGAAUCUCAGUCAGGCUCAGCAACACAUGGUAGCCGAGCGCGGAGGCGGUCACCGCCGGCAACAGGCCUACAUCACCCCGACCAUGGCGGCCCAGGCUCCUUACUCCUUCCACCACAGCAGCCCAUCCCACACAACCGGCGUGCCCCCUCACCUGACGGCAGCGCCCCACCUGGCGGGUCAGCCGCACCUCUACACCUACACGGCGCCGGCCGCACUGGGCUCCAGCGGCGCCGUAGCCCACCUGGUGGCGUCACAGAGCACUGCGGCAGUGGCCGCGGCAGCGCGCCACGCCGUCCACCAGCACGCCAGCUACGCGCAGGGCCUGGUGCACCAGGUGCCCGUCAGCAUGGCGCACCGCGUGCUGCCCUCACCCACGCUCCACGCAGCGCAGUACCAGGCCCAGUUCACUCACCACACCUACAUCAGCGCCUCGCCCGUCUCCUCUGUCUACACUGGAUACCCACUGAGCCCCACCAAGGUCAACCAGUACUCAUACCUCUAGAGCUGCCCCCACUGCCCGUCCGCACCCCAAACACUGGAGACCCCCCCCCACCCCA